AUGAAUCACAGAUUGGAUUACGUCCAUGGAGUUGUAGGAUACACUGGUGUAGUAGCUCCAGUAGCUCACCACGUCCCAGCCAUCGUAAACGGAGUCCCAGUCGACACCGUCGAAGUACAACACGCUAAAGCCGCUCACUACGCCGCCAAGGCUCAAGCCCUCAACGGUCAUUACGCCCACGGAAUAGUUGGAUACACUGGUGUAGCUCACCACGUCCCAGUCAUCUCCCACGGUGUCCCAGUAGAAACCCCAGAGGUGCAACACGCCAAGGCCGUCCACUUCGCCGCCCACGCCAAAGCCCUGUCCCAAUGGUAAUUCCAAUACUUACGAAGAAAAAUAAAAAAUGACAAAAA